AUGUCCUUCCACCAAACCUGCCAAAACGUCCGCAUUGAGUUCAACGGCGACUCAAUCUACCUUCACUGCGACGCCCGCGAUGAGCACGGUGGCUUCCGACCUACAUCUCUGCGCCUCGAUGACUUUAUCGGCAACGAAGACGGCUGGUUCAUGUGGGAUGGCGUCAAUGCCGGCCGGAGUGCGCGGAGCGUUGCGCUCGAUGGCUCGGUUUUGACCGCUGAGCUACCUAUGAGAAAUGGAGGACACAGGGAAAGACAGGGGAUCAACCUGAAUGACCGGAUCAGCAAUGAGAAUGGACGGUUGGUGUAUCGGCGCUUGUACUGUGACUUGACUGUUGAGUGA